ACCCAGACCUUAACCAUGAAGCAGUGUGUGCUGUUGUCGUUGUUGUUGGCGUUGGAGUGCGUGCACAUCCAAGGUGCACCGGUGGAGCACGUUGGCAGGGAGCAAGGGUCGUGUGAAGACGCGCAGGCAAAGAUGGCUGCAAAAGUCGCUCUCACCGAUAUCAACCAGGACCGGAAGGAGGGCUACAUCUUCGCUCUGCACCGCCUGUCCAACGUGCACGUGACCCACCAUGAAGAGGUCGGCGAGGUUUUCUACCUGACUCUUGAUGUUGUGGAAACCAACUGCAGUGUUCUCAACAUGAAGGACACAAAGAACUGUGAGGCUCGUCCCACCCACGACACACCGGUGUAUGGACAGUGCAAAGUUGUCAUCUACAUCAGUAGGAUUCACAGGGUGGUGCGCCUCUACAAAUACGACUGCACUAUUACACCAGUUCCUUCAGCUAGGGUGUUUGAGAUGUGUCCUGACUGUCCCGGUCCUAUCGACGUGGACAACGCUGAGGUUCAGAAGGCUGUGUCUCUCUCACUGGAGAAGUUCAACAAUGAGAGCAAAUUGUCCAAACGCUUCGCUCUGCUCAAGAUCACCCGUGCUACAGCCGGGAUGGCCAUGUCGAUGUAUUACAAUGCAGAGUACACCAUCCAGGAGACCAGCUGCAACAGCUCAGCAGCAGCAGCUGAUAAGUGCCCCCUCAUGGACUGCGAGUUCACUCACAAGGGCUUCUGUAAGGCAUCCCUCUUCUACUCUCCCACUGGUGAUGCUGACACCAGCGUAGACUGUCAGAUCUUUGAGCCUGAGGCUGCUGAAAGAGAGAAGAAAACACACCUGCUGGGCGGAGAGACUGACCACAGCCACACAGACACACACGCACACAGCCACGACCAUGACGUCGCACACGCCACCGACGACGCGCACACACACGACCACGUGCACGACCAUACCAAGGGCCAUGUUCAUCACAGCAAUACCCAGCAGCACGAUAACAACAGCGACCACCAUCACACGCACGACCACGAGGCGGGCAGCAGCCACAGGCAUGCUCACGCCCACUCCCAUGACCACGGGCACGGGCACGAUCACGUGCACACUCAUCACAGCAAGGCACAUAACCACAGCGGCGACCUGCCCAACCAGCACCACGACUACAAGCAUGGCGACAGCGUGCACACCCACGAGCACGAUCACGAGGUCGCUCUGGAUCACGACCACAAGCACAGUCACCUGCACGAGCACGAGCACCACCACCAUCACCACGACCACGAGCAUGAGAAGUCAGCCCACAACCACCCAGAGGGCAUUGUGAGGAUGGUGCCUGCCAUGGGCCAGCCCAUUACCCUGCCUUCAUUCCCCGAUGUCCCCGCCGGUGGCCCUGAGGUGGGAGUCACCUUGCCUCUGAAGCCCGAUCCCCAGAUCCCCGGAAAGUCGGAACCCACCAUCGAGGGCUUCCCCACCGCAGUGUCAGCCCAGUGCACCCCUGCGCCUGAGGGAGUAACCCUGGUGGAGAAACUCUUCGCUGAGGACCCCAGGUUCAAGACAGCUGCUUAAGGUGGCCUGUUGAACUCACUUGGGAACUGAAUGCAUCUUAAAGAAAAACUUCACACAAAGACACAGACUGAAGAGAAGACAGGAAACAUUUAACACAUUUGCUUUUAACACACCUUGAUUGCAUCCUCAUUCUUAGGCAACAUGAUGGUUUAACAUAAGCACAUUACAUGUAACCUUCCCUGUCUCUCUUCAGUUCAACCAUGUUAUAAAAUAAAAAUACAUUAACAUUAAAAUACAAGUUUCUUCCAGUCAUUUUGGUGGUCAUAAUAGCGAUUAAACUGAACACUAACACUUAACGAAACUGUAGAAACUGACCACCAUUUUGCUGUUUGA